GAGACAUCACUCAGAAGGGAUAUGAGAAAAAAAGAAGCAAGCUGUUGGCACCUUACAUCCCUCAGAUACAAGGUGUAGAUCCAUCUCUGCAAAUCGACAACAGAAUCCAGACCUCCUCUCAAGCCGUUAUUCCAGUUUCCAAACAGAACAAGUCCCGGGCUGCCAAUGCCCGGGAUGAACGCUUCCGAUCUGAUCUGCACACGGAGGCGGUCCAAGCAGCUUUGGCAAAGUACAAAGAGAGGAAGAUGCCCAUGCCCUCGAAGAGACGCUCAGUGCUAGUUCAGUCUUCAGUGGAGGCAUGCACCCCACCAGACACCUCCUCAGCUUCAGAAGACGAGGGCUCGCUGCGGCGGCAGGGACGCCUGCCCACCUCCACCCCCUACCAGGGUCACAGCCACCCAACCGUAGAGCACUGGUUUAACCGAGUCAUCCAGGGUUCGUCCACUUCAUCCUCCGCUUCAUCCACUUCGUCCCACCCGGGAGGGAGAUCCGCCACCAACACCACCACCCAGGCAGCCCUCAACGCCAACGCCGCAGCAACCGCGCUGGCAGACCUUAUGGCGCACACCCAGCUAGGCUGUGAGUGGGCAGGUGAAGGAUCCGUCACUUUAAUUGAUGGUGUUCCUGUCAACAGUCGUGUCUCCAACAAAAUCCAGCAGCUACUUAAUACACUGAAGAGACCAAAGCGGCCACCAUUGCGAGAGUUUUUUGUUGAUGACUUUGAAGAACUCUUAGAUGUCCAGCAGCCAGAUCCUAACCAGCCCAUGCCAGAAGGCCAGCAGAUGAGUCCCCUGGAAGGGGAGCCUCUCGGGGUGGUCACCAACUGGCCUCCCUCCUUGCCAGCAGCCUUACAGAAGUGGGGCACCAUUCAUCCUAAGAGCCCAUGUCUCACAGCUCUGGACAAUGCUGGCAAACCCGUCUACACGCUCACAUACGGUAAACUGUGGACCCGCAGUCAGAAACUGGCCUACACCCUGCUAAACAAGCUGAGCUCCAGAAAUGAGCCUUUGCUAAUGCCUGGAGACAGAGUCGCACUUGUUUUUCCCAACAGCGACCCAGUAAUGUUCAUGGUGGCCUUCUACGGCUGUCUCCUAGCAGAGCUGGUACCUGUCCCUAUUGAGGUACCGCUGACCAGAAAGGAUGCAGGAAGUCAACAGAUUGGCUUUUUGCUGGGCAGCUGUGGGGUCACGUUGGCACUGACCACUGAUGCUUGUCAGAAAGGCCUGCCCAAAGCUCAAACAGGAGAAGUAGUCACUUUUAGAGGUUGGCCAAGGUUGCUGUGGUUUGUGACCGAUGGAAAACAUGUUGCAAAGCCUCCAAAAGAUUGGUACCCUUCAAUACGAGAAGCCAGCAACGAUAUAGCUUAUAUAGAAUAUAAAACCAGCAAAGAAGGAAGCACCAUGGGAAUCACUGUGUCUCAUUCAACCAUGUUGGCUCAUUGUCAAGCCCUCACACAGGCCUGCGGCUACACGGAAGCUGAGACCAUAACAAAUGUCCUGGAUUUCAAGCGGGAAGCAGGCUUAUGGCACGGUGUUCUUACUAGUGUCAUGAAUCGGAUGCACGUGAUCAGCAUUCCUUACUCCCUGAUGAAAGUCAACCCCCUGUCUUGGAUACAGAAGGUUCACAUGUACAAAGCACGGGUAGCUGUGCUGAAGUCGCGGGACAUGCACUGGUCUCUGCUGGCCCAGAGAGACCAGAGAGACAUCAGCCUGAGCUCACUGAGGAUGCUGAUCGUAGCUGACGGAGCUAACCCAUGGUCGAUAUCCUCCUGCGACGCUUUCCUCAAUGUGUUUCAGUCACGUGGGCUCAGACCUGAGGUGAUCUGUCCCUGUGCCAGCUCCUCAGAAGCCAUGACUGUCGCCAUCCGCAGACCUCCAGAAAUGGGUGUUCCUCCUCCAGGCAAGGCCGUGCUGUCCAUGAGUGGUCUGAGUCACGGUGUGAUCCGCGUGGACACGGAGGAGAAACUCUCCGUCCUCACAGUGCAGGACGUGGGACAGGUCCUGCCUGGAGCUCUUGUUUGCGUGGUGCGACUGGCAGGUACGCCUUAUCUCUGUAAAACAGAUGAGGUUGGAGAAAUCUGUGUGAGUUCAGGUUGCAGUGGUUUAGCGUACUACGGCCUCCCAGGCAUGACCAAGAACAUAUUUGAGACCAUCCCUGUAAAAUCAUCUGGGGUUCCUAUAAGCGACAGACCUUUCACCAGAACCUCGCUGCUGGGCUUCGUGGGACCAGACAGUCUUGUGUUUGUUGUCGGGAAGAUGGAUGGACUCAUGGUCGUCAGUGGGCGGAGACACAACGCUGAUGAUGUGGUCGCCACGGCUCUGGCUGUAGAGCCCAUGAAGUUUGUGUACAGGGGAAGGAUAGCAGUGUUCUCUGUGUCUGUGCUUCAUGAUGAGAGGAUUGUUGUGGUGGCGGAGCAGAGGCCAGACGCCUCAGAGGAGGAUAGCUUCCAGUGGAUGAGCCGCGUCCUUCAGGCCAUAGACAGCAUCCACCAGGUCGGGGUGUACUGCCUGGCUCUGGUGCCUGCCAACGUUCUUCCUAAAGCUCCUCUGGGUGGGAUCCACAUAUCUGAGACCAAACARCGCUUCCUGGAGGGAUCCCUGCACCCUUGCAACGUUCUCAUGUGUCCUCACACGUGUGUCACUAACCUCCCCAAGCCAAGACAAAAACAGCCAGAGGUUGGUCCUGCUUCUAUGAUAGUGGGCAACUUGGUGGCGGGAAAGAGGAUAGCACAAGCCUGUGGGAGAGACCUGGGACAACCCGAGGACAAUGAUCAGGCACGUAAGUUCCUCUACAUACAUGAUGUACUGCAGUGGAGAGCUCAGGCAACUCCAGACCAUCCUCUGUUCCUGGUUCUCAAUGCUAAGGGCACAGUGGCGAGCACCGCUUCCUGUCUGCAGCUGCACAAGCGAGCGGAGCGUGUGGCGGCAGCACUGAUGGGACGCCUAAACACAGGAGACCACGUGGCGCUYGUCUACCCACCAGGAAUUGACCUGAUUGCAACUUUCUACGGCUGCCUGUACGCCGGRUGCGUCCCUGUCACUGUCAGACCCCCACACCCACAAAACCUGGCCACCACCCUGCCCACUGUCAAAAUGAUCGUUGAGGUCAGUAAGUCCGUGUGUAUCCUGACAACUCAAGCAAUAACGAAGCUGCUGAAAUCCAAAGAGGCUGCUGCUGCCGUAGACGUCAAGAGCUGGCCCACGGUCCUGGACACGGAUGACCUCCCCAGGAAGAAGAACCCCCAAAUAUACAAACCCCCAACCCCAGAGAUGUUGGCUUACCUGGACUUCAGUGUGUCCACCACUGGCAUCCUAGCAGGAGUCAAAAUGUCUCACGCUGCCACAAGUGCCUUGUGUCGCUCCAUUAAGCUGCAGUGUGAGCUCUAUCCUUCCCGGCAGAUCGCCAUCUGUUUGGACCCGUACUGCGGUCUGGGCUUGGCACUCUGGUGCCUGUGCAGUGUGUACUCGGGCCACCAGUCCAUCCUCGUUCCCCCUCUGGAGUUGGAGAGCAAUGCAUCUCUCUGGCUCACGGCCGUCAGCCAGUAUAAAGUACGAGUCUCCUUCUGCUCAUAUUCAGUCAUGGAGAUGUGCACCAAGGGCCUGGGCUCACAGACAGAAGCUCUACGGCUGCGGAACGUGAAUCUGUCCUGCGUGCGCACGUGCAUGGUGGUAGCAGAGGAGAGGCCUCGUAUAACCCUCACUCAGACCUUCUCAAAGAUCUUCAAAGACCUGGGGCUUUCACCGCGGGCUGUUAGCACCACCUUCGGCUGCAGGGUGAACGUAGCCAUCUGUCUGCAGGGGACAUCUGGACCAGAUCCCACCACUGUUUAUGUGGACAUGAGAGCUCUACGGCAUGAUAGGGUUCGCCUUGUGGAGAGAGGGUCGCCGCACAGCCUGCCACUGAUGGAGUCUGGGAAGAUUCUUCCCGGAGUGAAAGUGAUCAUUGCCAACACAGAAACCAAAGGACCACUUGGAGACUCUCAUCUAGGAGAGAUCUGGGUGAGCAGUCCUCACAACGCAUCAGGAUACUACACGGUCUAUGGGGAGGAGGCGCUGCACACCGACCACUUCAACACCAAGCUGAGCUUCGGGGACACCCAGACAGUCUGGGCCAGGACCGGAUACCUGGGCUUCCUGCGGCGCACUGAGCUGACAGACGCCAGUGGAGAGCGCCAUGACGCCCUCUACGUGGUGGGCUCUCUUGAUGAGACUCUGGAGCUGAGGGGAAUGAGGUAUCACCCCAUCGACAUCGAGACUUCUGUGAUCCGUUCUCACAAGAGCAUAGCUGAGUGUGCGGUAUUCACUUGGACCAACCUCCUGGUGGUGGUGGUGGAGCUGGAGGGAUCGGAGCAGGAGGCCCUGGACCUGGUGGCCCUGGUGACCAACGUAGUCCUGGAGGAGCACUACCUCAUCGUGGGUGUGGUGGUAGUGGUGGACCCUGGUGUCAUACCCAUCAACUCCAGAGGGGAGAAGCAGCGCAUGCACCUCAGAGAUGGGUUUCUGGCCGACCAGCUGGACCCCAUAUAUGUGGCGUACAACAUGUGAGGACCCAGCUACAGGGGGGUCACCCCAGCCCCCCACCUUUCAUGUGUCUCAGCACAGGACUGUUMAGUGUCAGUGAGGAGUCGACUGAAAGACAAUGAGCUGCUCUGUUUUCAGCACACAAAGAAAUGAAAGUAUGGGUAGAAACAUCCAGAAAACUUACAGCAGGUAUAAGACUGACACAAACCUUACACCUGGCGCUCCUAUGAUUUCUAUUUUUCAUCAGCGAAUAUUAUUUUUAAGGGCAUUUGUCUUUAACGGAUGUAUUUUUGAAUUCCUGAUUCCUUAAAGUGUGGACACCUGAAAGCAGCACAGCAGAAGGUUUAUAUGAUACUACAGUGUGCCAUUAAUGUAGUUUAUUUUGUCUAAAAGGAUGAAUGUUAAGAGUGCACUUGUGCCAUAGAAUAGAACUGAAGCCAGUACGCAGACCAUGGUUAAAACAAAUGUUUAUGUUUACGGAGCUUCCUGUGUAAAUUACAGGUCCUUUUGCUUUUCAUAGAAAACAGAUUUUUAUGAGCAAGUCCUCACAGUACAGCUGCACACCUACUUUCUGUUCAGAUCAUAUUGAUGCUGCAACAAAGAAGCACAGAGCUGUGGUGUUAGAAGGCGAGUUUGUGGUAUUUUUGCUUGCUGUCAUUCAUUGAUAUGAGUGACUGAACAAUGUGAGUCAUGCAGAAUGCAGUGUUUUUAUUUUUUAUAUUUAUUUUGUUAUUUUAUGGAAUAAAUCAGCAGCCUGGCCUUUGUAGAGCCAUUUGAGUGAA